AUGGAACAACUACAGGAGGAAGUACCUGAGGUCAAGGAAGAGGAGGAGGAAGAGGCAGUGAUGGUGGCAAGUGGAGCCUCAGACCCAAGUGGAGGACCAGACAGCUCACUGCCUUCGAGCAGCUACACAGACCUCUCCCAGAGCUCCUCUCCCUCGCUGUCGGACCAGCUGCAGAUGGGCUGUGAGGAGGCUGCCCUGGCAUCGCUCAACGUGGAGUGCAGGGUGUGUGGGGACAAGGCCUCGGGCUUCCACUACGGCGUGCACGCCUGCGAGGGCUGCAAGGGUUUCUUCCGGCGGACGAUCCGCAUGAAGCUCAAGUACGAGAAGUGUGAGAGGAGCUGCAAGAUCCAGAAGAAGAACCGCAACAAGUGUCAGUUCUGUCGCUUCCAGAAGUGCCUCUCCCUGGGCAUGUCCCACAACGCGAUCCGCUUCGGCCGCAUGCCAGAGGCAGAGAAGAGGAAGCUGGUGGCAGGGCUGACUGCGAGUGAGAUCAGCUGCCAGAACCCACAGGUGGCUGACCUGAAAGCUUUCUCCAAGCAUAUCUACAAUGCCUACCUGAAAAACUUCAACAUGACCAAAAAGAAAGCAAGAGGUAUCUUGACCGGGAAGGCCAGCGGCACCACACAGCCUUUUGUGAUCCAUGACAUGGACACGUUAUGGCAGGCAGAGAAGGGGCUGGUGUGGAAACAGCUAGUGAACGGCAUCCCCCCCUACAAGGAGAUCGGGGUGCACGUGUUCUACCGCUGCCAGUGCACCACGGUGGAGACGGUGCGGGAGCUCACCGAGUUCGCCAAGAGCAUCCCCAGCUUCAUAGGCCUCUACCUGAAUGACCAAGUGACUCUGCUCAAGUAUGGGGUGCAUGAAGCCAUCUUUGCCAUGCUGGCCUCCAUCAUGAACAAGGACGGGCUGCUGGUGGCCAACGGCAACGGCUUCGUGACGCGCGAGUUCCUGCGCAGCCUGCGCAAGCCCUUCAGCGACAUCAUGGAGCCCAAGUUUGAGUUUGCUGUCAAGUUCAAUGCCCUGGAGCUGGAUGACAGUGACCUGUCUCUGUUUGUGGCUGCCAUCAUCCUGUGUGGAGACCGUCCUGGCCUGAUGAACGUGAAGCAGGUGGAGGAGAUCCAAGACAACAUCCUACAAGCUCUGGAGUUCCACCUGCAGUCCAACCACCCAGAUGCCCAGUACCUCUUCCCCAAGCUGCUGCAGAAGAUGGCUGACCUGAGGCAGCUGGUGACAGAGCACGCCCAGCUCGUGCAGAAGAUCAAGAAGACAGAGACUGAGACAUCUCUGCACCCACUGCUACAGGAGAUCUACAAGGACAUGUACUAAAGGACCUGUUAUUUAUGAGAAUGAAGCCAUGGAUUCCUGACAAGACUCUGUACAGAAUCAAACACAAACCUUUCCCCAUGUCUUCCAUUUCCUCUGCUGGAAACUCUUUCCCUGCGAGCUGGGCGUACGGUACGUGGGGCAGGGCCCUGGGAGAUGCUGCAGCUGCUGCUUGCUGGGCCAGGCCUUCCAGAACACACACUAAGCCCCUGACAAAAGCCAAGCAUAAGCUACUGUUUCCGUUACUGCAGCUCCCUGGGGUCCACAGCCCUGAGGGUGGGCUCCCAGUUUGGGGCUGGGGGUGCUCUGGUCUGAGGGUUCAGCAGCAGCACUUACAGUCUGUCUUUAUUGUCUGGUUCAUAUUGCACUCCAAAGGCUGAGUCCUGAGCUCUGAACUCCAGGACAGUGACAUGGAAGUUUGUGUCUUUCCCAGAGCAGCUGACUGUCCUGGCACAGCCCCCCAGCUGCAGCCUCCCUCAGGGAUGUGCCUCGGGGAGCCCUCGGCUCUGGUGCCCCUGUUCCAGAGGGAACCUGCCCCUUGGCAUCUCAGUGUGAGAGAGGGAGGGGUGGGGAAGUGGAAGGGAAAGGGUUUGACUCCUAAAAAGUUGCCUUCAGAGCAGAGGCCAGAGUGUCUGUGCUUCCCAGGCUGUUCUGCACAGGGUGAGCUGCCAGAGAGGGCUGUGCAGGGCCAGGAGCAGGCCUGGGGCUGGCUGGGGGUGGGAGGCAGGUCUUGCCUGCAGCUCCCUUCCCAAGCCCUGUGGGGGCUCAGGGGGUCUCACAGGGCAGUGCAGGCAGCAGAGGCUCCCCAGCAGCACUGCUCCUCAGCACUGGAGCAAGCAAAUCCUCCAGCAGCAGCAGCAGCAAGGGAAAAGCCAUGGGCAGCCCACAGUGCUCAUGGUGCCCAAAGGGCAUUGCCCAGUCUGGGAGCUGCCCUGCCUCAGUUUCCCCCCGCCCAAGGGAGCUGGGUUGUCCCUUCCUCUCUGCUCAGAGGGGGAGCACAAGGAUUGAUUAAUGCAUUGGCUGCAAAGAGCUUUCCUGUGUAAGAUACAGUUUAAAUGCCAAGUAUUUCUAGAAGGGAAGGGAGAGGAUGGGAUGCUCCCAGUGAGCAGUGAACUGUGUGUAUGGAAGUGCCCCAUUCCCUGAGCACAGGCUCAGGCUGGGCCUAAACCCAGCUCCCUGCUGGGACUUCAGCUUCCUCCAGCUGUACUGAAACCCCACAGUGCUGCCUGUGCCUGGGAUGGAAGCCCUGGGUGGGGGCUGCAUCACCUGGGCUCUGGGACAGAGGAUAGGGCUGGGAAGGGCUCGUUCCCCUCUGGGGAUGGGGGUGUGUGACCUGAGGAGUCUCUGCAGCUCCACGUGUCCCCAGCAGCCCUGGGAAGAUGCUGGUGUUCCCAGGGAGGGGCUGUGGGAGCAACUGGGUCGGGUUCAUUUCCUUUUUCUCCUCUUCAGGGAAGCAGAUUUCCCUGGUGCAAUAAUUCCUUUAAACCCCAAAGGGAAAGAGCUCUGGGCUUCCCCCUCCAGUCACAAACCUGCCCCUGGGCUUCCCCCUCCAGUCACAAACCUGCCCCUGCUGCCUCCAUCUCCCUGCCAUGCCUCAGCUUCCCUGCCCUCUGCCCUCCCAGCCUUUCCCCUCCCUACCUCACAGGGGAGGGGGGUUACAGAUGACCAUUUCUGAAGCACUUUGAAGCCUUCUUGGCACUGGAGACGUGCUGUGCUGGAGGGAGCCCGGGAUCUGUCCUCCCCAGAGGCCCUGGUGGCAUCCCCCACGGUGCCCUCAGCUGGGCCACGUCCUGCCCUUCCCUCCUCAGCCAGUGGAACAACCCUCCAACUGAAAUGUAUAUUUUUGCUAGAAGUACAAACCUCCAGGUGUUUUUAUUAAUAUAAAUAGUGUCCACAAGCUGACUCUGACUUUAAAUAAAUGGGAACUCAAGUACUGAA